CCAUUUUGCCCGGGGGAGGCGGGUGUGCUCCCCUUAUUUGGGUCCGUGGUGGCGCACGGGGCGGCUGUUUAAAGCGUCCGUGUGUUCCCCACGGGCGGAGGGCACGCCCUUGCGAGCGGCGUCGCCCUGCCAGCGGCGUCACACUGCGGCUACUUGUCGAGCUCGGGGGUGAAGGCGGCCGCAGCAACAAUAACUGUCGAGCCCGAUUUCCGGUGUGGUGAGAUAAGGGCUGUCGUUGCUAAUGAUGGUAAGAAGACUGGGGUGAGUUGUAAAUAGCCCUCGUUACGGAGGAGACAGCAGAUAUGCUUAGGGCACCAACACACACAAUCAUAAGGAAUAACAACUUGAUCAGCAAUAUUUUGCACAGGAGAAAGGUAAAGAUGUCCCAACAGAUACAUUCUCGGAGAAUUGAAGGAUUAGACAAGAAUAUUUGAGACAUGCAGGUGGAUCGAGAACCUUGGAUUGCUCAGUUUGCAUGCUUCCUUGUUGUGUAGGGUACAUUGACUGCAUGCACAUUGCUUUGUGGAUUCUCAGCACCUGCUCCAUCCAUAAUGCACCGCCCCUUUAAGAGGAUAGAAUUUACACAGCUUACUGCUAAUCAUCCAGUUGUCAACCUGGGGCAGGGAUUUCCUGACUUCUCACCUCCAAAUUUUGUAAAAGAAGCUUUCACGAGGGCCAUAAACAGUGACCUGAACCAGUACACCAGGGCUUUUGGUCACCCUCCAUUGGUGAAGAUCCUAGCAAAGUUCUUUGGGAAAUUACUGGGACAAGACAUUGAUCCAUUCACUGAGGUGCUGGUGACGGUUGGAGCAUAUGAGGCCCUGUUCUGUUUCUUCCAGGCACUAAUUGAUGAUGAAGAUGAAGUGAUUAUUAUUGAACCUUACUUUGACUGUUAUGAACCAAUGGUGCGAAUGGCAGGUGGUCACCCAGUGUGUAUCCUGUUGCAUCCGAAACCAGUAUCUGGAAGGUUGAUGACCAGUGCUGACUGGGUAUUGGAUCCUGCUGAACUAUCAAGUAAAUUCAGCAAGCGUACUAAAGCAAUCGUCAUUAACACUCCAAACAACCCUCUUGGCAAGGUUUUCAAACGUGAAGAGUUGCAGAUGAUCGCAGACCUGUGUGUGAAACACAAUGUGCUGUGCAUUAGUGAUGAGGUGUAUGAGUGGCUGGUGUAUGAUGCAAAUGAGCAUGUGCGAAUUGCUAGCCUGCCAGGGAUGUGGGAGCGGACGAUCACUGUUGGGAGUGCAGGAAAAACCUUCAGUGCUACAGGGUGGAAGGUUGGCUGGGCAAUUGGACCUAAGAACAUCGUCAGGCACUUGCAGACUGUCCAUCAGAACUCAAACUUUCAUUGUGCCACUGGAGCACAGCAAGCUGUAGCAGAGGGAUUUGUGAAAGAAUUUGAAUGCCUGGGAGCACCAGAGAGUUAUUUCACCGGUUUACGUCAGGAGCUGCAAUUGAAACGUGAUCGGCUUGCUGCCUACCUUGCGUCUGUGGGGUUAAAGCCAAUUGUACCAGAGGGUGGUUACUUCUUGAUCGCGGACAUCUCAGCAGUCAAAGUUGAUCUGCCAGACUCCACUGAACAGCCGUAUGAUUAUAGGUUUGUGAAGUGGCUCAUAAUCAAUAAGGGCUUGUCCACAAUUCCAGUGUCUGCUUUCUACUCUUCUGACCACAAAAAGGGCUUUGAAAACUUUAUACGGUUUUGUUUCGCUAAGGAAGACUCAACAUUAAGCAAGGCAGAACAGAUCCUGCAAGAGUGGAAUAGGACAAUGUUGACUCAGUGAUUGCUCCAACACAGUGAAUUUUUAUUUUCUAAUUCAGUAACUGGACAUUUUUAAUUUUAUUUAUCUUAAUUGAAAGACUGACAUUUUCAAAUCUACACACAAAUACAUAGUUAUAACAUAGAAUAAAAAUACCAUGAAUGCUGCUUCAGAUAGUCCUUCCUGACCAUGUCUUGAGCGCUCAAGUGGUCAGAAGCACUUAGUUCAAUCAACGGAUUUCUGAUCUCAACCCUACAGCCAACUCGAGCAAUAUUGACAGAGUGGAUUGCCUCAGCUGGAAAACGUUGCAGAAACUGGCAAGACCAUGACCCAAGAGAAUCAGUGGCAUGCAAAGAGCCAUGACAAUGUGGGGUUCAAUCUCAAUGGAAAUAAUUAAUUUAUGAGUACUGAAAAACUCAAUUAUUUUUCUAUAUUUUGAUUUCAUUUUAGAUGUUCAAUAUUGAGUGCUCUUUAAACCCGUUUAUUUGGUGCCUUUGGUACUUUUGAGUUGAUUGGUUAAUGAUUUGGUUACAUUAGUGGUAUUAGUUAUAACCUGUUGCUUUUUUAUUCCUGUAGCUGUUGGAUGGUGUAGUUUAAGACUGAACUAAGAUUUACUUUAUGCUACAGUUGUAAAUGAGCAGAAUGCUAUGUAUGUGCAACUCAAGACUAUCACAAUGAUCAUCCAGAUAGUUUGUUCUGCAAGAAGCUCAAUGCUGUAACUGAAGAUUGUUUUUAUUUCUUCCGUUACAUGUUUAACUUAAAUUCUGCUGUGUCCUAAUAUCAGAACAUGAACUUGAAUAAAAAUCUUUCAACAUUG